AUGUGGAAUUUUCGUAAUUCUGCAAUAAAAACAGAGGAAGAAAGUUGUCCUCGAACAAAACCAUUUUUGAUCGGAUGUUGUGGAGCGGAUGGACCCAACGACUACUUGUCGCUGAGAAAAGCAUUGCCCACCGAGUGCAGGGACACGGUAACCGGUAACGCAUUCUUCUAUGGUUGUGCCGAAGAAGUUACCUGGUUCUUGGAGGACAAAUCCCGAUGGACGACCAAUAUCGCCAUAUCGAUAGCCGCUUUGGAGAUGCUCAUAUCUGUCCUAAGCGUGAUUUUAGUCAAGGCUUUGCAAAAGGAAGAGAAAUUCAACUAUAAUCGAUGAUAAAAUAACGUCAAUUAGUUUAACUUUUUUCACUUUGUAAAAUAAAAUUAAUUAGCUGUUUUUUAUUUUCAUAUAAACAAAUUAUGUGAUUUCAAUAAACACUUUCUUACAGCAUGGUAAUGAUUUUAAAGAACGCACUUUACUACUAAUUAUCAAUGUUUUUACUACUUAUUGUGUAAAAUGGUUAUGACGUCUUAAUAAAUCAAAUUAUUUUCUA